GUCCCGGCCCAGCGGUUCCACGGUGUGUGUGUGGAGCUCCGUGGGGCCCUGACCAGGGAGCAGGAAGCCCAGAAGCUGGUCCAGGAUCAGAGCGACCAGCUGCACACGCUGCAGCGCCGAGUCCACGCACACACGGACACACAGCGCGCACUGGGCCGGGCCGCGCACUCUCUGUCGGAGGCUCGGCAGGAAGUGAGUCGUAAAGAGCGCUCGCUGAGGAUUCUGGGUAAGCACCUGUCCGGCGUCCAGAGGGACAGGAAGCAGCUGGACGAGAGGCUGCGGCGGGCCGAGGACGAGCUGGCCGACGCUGCCAGACGUAAAGACUUUCUGAUCAGAAACAUGAAGGCUGCAGAGACGACUUACAAAGAG